AAAAAAACAUUAUUAUUAUCGUUCUAAAUAAAUAACCGCACGCCUAUGAUACGUCAUGAAAUUACAAAGGACGCGCCGACCAAAGGUUUUUAUGCUAUGAAAAGCACGGCUAUGAAAAUCCUUGUGACUCGAUGUAAAAUCAUAGAUUUGAACGAACAUCAGUGGAAUCAGUAUUUUUUUUUUUUUUUUUUUUUUUGGCUUUAGGACCAAGCCAUGCAGCCAGAAACUAGAAGACGAAAAGAAGACAAAGGGUAA